CUCAACUGCAACAUCAAACCAUCAACUCGCCUCGCAACUUCUUGCCCGCAUCUGCCAAACCAAACCCUCAAUCUCAACCACACAGGCCUCAUUCAACAUGCCUCCAGCAAAGAAGAGAAAGACCGCAAAGGCCGCUAGGGGCGGCAAGAAGGGAGCAGUAGUGACCUCGACCGUCGAAGAAUCGUCACCACCGCCUGCCGACCCGCAAGAGCCAGAACCAGCGCCGCUGUCGCCAAAACCUCAAUCACCACCAGCCGCAGCCACAACCACAGACAAGGCGCAGUCCCCCGCGCCGGAGGAAACACCCGCAGCAGAGCCUUCUGCACCCGCACAAACAGAAGGAGACAAAGCAGACACACAAGAAGCGCCAGAACCACCCGCGGCCGCGCCGGCCGCCUCGAUCCAAGACCGCAUGGCGCGCUUCCGCGCCCUGCAGACCCGCGCCAAGUCCUCCUCGGCAUCCAACCUGACCGCCGCGCAGACGGAGGCGCACCGCCUGGCCAACGACCCGGCGCAGCUGGCCGCGAUCCAGCGCAAGUCGGCCGUGGCGUCCAACAAGCUGCUCAAGGCGGACAUCGAGGACGCGGGCGGCGACUUUGAGCGCAAGCGGGCGUGGGACUGGACGGUCGACGAGUCGGAGAAGUGGGACAGCCGCGUGGCCAAGAAGGAGCGCCACCGCGACGACAACGCCUUCUCCGACUACGCGCGCGAGGCCUCCAAGAUCUACAAGCGGCAGCUGCGCAACCUGGGCGACCCGGACCUGGAGCGGUACGCGCGCGAGAGGAUGCGCGCCAUCGACGAGGCCGCCGCGCGGGGGACGCUGGAGCUCGUCGAGACCGAGGACGGCGAGAUGGUCGCCGUCGACAAGGACGGCACCUUUUACGGCGGCGGCGGCGCGGGGGACGCCUUCGCGGGCUUCAGCGACAACAAGCCCGACAAGAAGGCCGUCGACCGCCUCGUCGGCGAGCUCAAGAAGGCCGAGGAGGUCGCCAACAAGAAGAGGAAGGAGCGCCAGGCCCGCAACGGCGACGACGCCGACGUCACCUACAUCAACGACAAGAACAAGCAGUUCAACCAGAAGCUGGCGCGCUUCUACAACAAGUACACGGCCGAGAUCAGGGACAGCUUCGAGCGGGGGACCAUGAUCUGAGGGGGGCUUGUUUGCCGAGGAGGAGAGAAGAAAAAAGACAUUACUCUUUAGGCGUUUGUUGCAUAUCAGUCGGGUUACAGCGCUGUUAUUAGGUCAGUUUUAGGGGGCUUUGGUCUUGAGGAAAUGCAUCUUUGAUAGAUGACCCAGAUAAAGUGGUCAACACAAUCAAUCACAUACGCUUUUACCGCAA